CCUUCCUCCUCCUCCUCCUCCUCCUGCUGGCUGCUCCAGCCCGGCAGCCAGGCGGCCGCUGCCUCCCUGCCGAGCCCCGCCGCAGCCGGGACGUGCCUCCGGGAUGGGGGCGCCGCCGGCCGCCCCCAGCCUCCUGCUGCUGCUGGCCGGCGCCGCGGGGCUGUGCCGGGCUUUCUUCUCGCUGCCGCUCCGCGUGUCCCAGCCGGCCGCCCCCCGGGGGUCGCCGCCCGCCCCGGUGCCGCUGCGGCCGGGGAGCGGCGGGGGCCGGCAGCGGGAUGCGCCGGGAGAGCCGGGAGGCUUGGCCUUGGCCUCGGAGCCCGGGGGCAGCAUCAACUUUUUGGCCAUGGUGGACAACCUGCAAGGGGACUCCGGUCGCGGGUACUACCUGGAGAUGCUCAUCGGGACCCCGCCGCAGGCGUUAAAUAUUCUGGUUGACACUGGAAGCAGUAAUUUUGCUGUAGCAGGUGUGCCUGAUCCUGAUGUCACCUCCUACUUCAAUACAGAGCUGUCAAGCACAUACAAAUCUCAAGGGAUCGAUGUCACAGUUAAGUACAGUCAAGGAAGCUGGACUGGAGUGCUGGGUACAGAUGUCAUUACUAUCCCUAAAGGAAUUGAUGGCAGCUACACCAUCAAUAUUGCAACCAUUCUUGAAUCGGAGAAUUUCUUCUUACCAGGGGUUCAAUGGCAUGGGAUUCUUGGUCUUGCCUAUGACACCUUAGCCAAGCCUUCAAGUUCUGUGGAGACGUUCUUUGAUUCUCUUGUGAGGCAGGCAAAAAUCCCCAACAUUUUCUCCUUGCAGAUGUGUGGUGCUGGACUGCCUGUUUCUGGAAGUGGUACCAACGGAGGUAGUCUUGUUCUAGGUGGCAUUGAACCAAGUCUCUACAGGGGUGAUAUAUGGUACACACCUAUCAAAGAGGAGUGGUAUUAUCAGGUUGAAAUUCUCAAGCUGGAGGUUGGAGGACAGAAUCUGGAACUGGACUGCAGAGAGUAUAAUGCUGAUAAAGCAAUAGUAGACAGUGGGACCACCCUCCUCCGUCUGCCCCAGAAAGUCUUCAGCGCUGUUGUGCAAGCAAUAGCUCGCACAUCCCUGGUACAAGAAUUCUCUUCUGGUUUCUGGACUGGUACGCAGCUUGCAUGCUGGGAUAAAACUGAAAGACCCUGGUCCUUAUUUCCCAAACUCUCCAUUUACAUGAGGGAUGAAAACUCCAGCAGGUCAUUUCGCAUCUCUAUCCUGCCACAGCUUUAUAUUCAACCCAUCCUUGGAAUAGGAGAGAACUUGCAGUGCUACCGAUUUGGGAUCUCUUCAUCUGCGAAUGCCCUGGUUAUUGGUGCUACAGUCAUGGAAGGCUUCUAUGUAAUAUUUGACAGAGCUCAGAGGAGAGUGGGCUUUGCAGUGAGUCCAUGUGCAGAAGUCGAUGGCUCUCCAGUGUCUGAGAUUGAAGGUCCCUUCACAACAGCAGAUGUUGCAAGCAACUGCGUUUCUGUCAUUUCUUUCCAUGAACCAGUGUUGUGGAUUGCCUCCUAUGCUCUCAUGAGCCUGUGUGGGAUUAUCCUCCUUGCACUGAUCAUCCUGCUGCUUAUUCCACCACGUUGUCAGCAUCGCUACACUGACAACGAUGUGGUCAAUGAUGAGUCCUCCUUAGUGCGACACCGAUGGAAAUGAGAACCUCGAUUGUGAAACCUGGGACUUCAGCAGAAUGAAGAACAAAGUACUUCAACAGGAAGAAGCCAAUGCCUCAGUCCUUUUUACAUCCAUUACAAAUUGCUGUGGAAAUCCCUCCAAAUAUCAUAACUUUUAAAGCUUUAUUUUCUAACACUGAUUCUGAACCAAAGCACUGUUAACCACCUCGUAAGUGCUACAGUACUGGAUUUGCUACUGCAGUACAAAGAGCCUUUAUGCUCUCAAUAGUACCUUCUUUUUUUUAGAAAAAAAGAGAGAAAAAAACACCAUAAUGUUCUUCCACUAUCUGAACAAAAUUGUCCAUCCUUCUUUCACAAAAAAGGAGCUGUUAGUAUUUUCUAACUAAUCAAGCCCUGACUGUAAAAAAAGAGAAAAAAAAAUAAUAACCUUUCUUACUAAUCAUAUUAAAUGAAUACUGCUUUGUGUUUACAUCAAUUCAUUUUGAAGCUGUGCUUACGGUGCGGGCAAAAGAGAAAGGUCAGACAUAUGCAGCAGUAAAGCAAAUGAGGUCAAGAAGAAAUGGUGGUUUGGGUUUUCAUUCCUCAGAAUUACUGCUGCCACUUGAGAGGGUCACCGUUCCUGAGUGUGAUUGCAAAAUAGCUUGAGGAGGUAAAAACUGGGAAACGAACUUGUUCAGCCUUAGUGUAAAACAAGACUACCUCUCUUAAUUUUACAAGGAUGCUACCACUGGUAAGCAUGUGACUUAGAACUGGUCUUUAAACACAGGAUGUCCAAAUAUAACUCCUGUGCUUCUAAGUAGUUGAUUUUAUAGAAAUUAAUUCUUCAUCACUUUCCACUUUGCUGCACAAAAAAACCUUUCAGUUUUCCCCCUAAUGUGGGGGUUUGGGUGGUUGUUUGUUUGUUUGUUUGUUUUAAUUCAGGAUGAGUGAUACUUAGUAAAGGCUGGAUUGCAAAUGUAUAGACAUUAUAAUCCUAAGGUCCACGUUCUGUCAUCUCUUUCCCUAUUUCUAGUGAAUGUGUAACGAAAAGGAAACAACAAAAUGAGAAAGACAACCAUUUUUUUUGCUGAGCUCAGCAACAUACAAGUUCAAGUGAAAAGUAUGUCUUCAUGGACAGACUGUGAAGUGAAAGUCUUAAUGCUGGCUUGUCUUGAAACAUGAGAAACGGUGGGAGGCUUUUUGUUUAGCUCCAGUGGUGUGUCAGUCAAAUGAAAAGUCUAUGUACUGACUGACUGACUGAAAACACAUGCGGUGAGACUGGAAAAUAUGAAAGGAAAGAGAAGGAGGGAACGUAUUUGCCAGACCUCCAUUGUGCAAGCAUAGAUUUUAAUGCAGAAGUCAGAACAUGGCAUUUUCUCUGCAGACAGAACAACUUUUUGUGUAUCUAGUCAGUGAGCACUGCACCUCCAUCGUUUUUCUAGAGCACUUGCAUAGUGGGUUCAAAAGAUAAACAAUGCAAGGUUGAGGAGUCCAGUGACAACUACUAGUUAUCUCUUUGAAAAAUAACUGAAAAAAAUCCUUUGCAUUUCAAUUGCACAGCAGUUUACAAAUCUGUGUGGGUAACAAGAAAAAAAGAAAAGAAAAAAAAAAAAAGGAAGCUUAGCUCAGAAUCUCCCAAUGCCUUGCCUAGAAAUUUUUCUGCCUGUAAUCCCUUCAUGCAGCUUUCUGAUUCACACUGCCUCUGUUUCUGACUCUGCAGGGAAUAAGCAAAGAUUUCUUUUUUUCAGGAAUGAUGCUUUUACAGAAGUACAAGUACUGUGUGUGAAAAUAAAGCACUGCUGUUUUUUAAACUAAUGUGUGUAUCAGUUCAUAACUGGAAGUGCCUGUGUUUUCCUUUUCUUUUUAAUUCCUGCACAUUCAGACUGCUUGGCUGCAUAAAGUGUAAUGAUUCAUGUUUUGAUCUAACACCUGAAAAUGUUUUUUUUUUUUUUUGAAUUAGGAGUUGGAAUAGCAGGAAAUUUUGAGUUUGCCUCCUUCCUCCCCCUCCUCUUAGUUUGUAAGGGGAGAAAAGCAAUUAAUUAAAAGGAAACAACAGAGUUUAGGUGUUUUCUCCCUAGCAUAUCUUCCAUAUGUCUCUUUUGUAAUCUCUUACAAUUAGAAUUUGUAGUACAUUUUAUAAAAAGAAGUCAUUCCUUUGGGUUUUUCUUAAAGCAAUAGACUUCGCUCUGAAAAGAGUGAUGUUUCCAGUUCUGAUUUGGUUCCAUGUCAUCCUCCUGCAUUGGGUUUGACACAUAGCAAACCAUUUCAAAGUUAUAUUCCUUCUUCUACAGGACAGUAAGACAAGUAAUGCUUUUGUCACCUGUUUCAAACAGAAACACAUCGUGCAUGUUUGGAUUGAUAGAGUGGUAAACAAUGAGCCCUUUCAGUUCAUAAAGUAGUAACAGUUGUAUGUAUUAGGUUCUUCUCUUUCCCAGCCCUCUCUUACUUCAUUACACAAGGAGUUUUAUAAAGGAAUUUAUUGGGAAAGGUUCCAGGUGUGCUUUCUGAUGAUAAGCUAGAUAUCUUCUGAGUUGUUUAACAAAGUCUUCUUAGUGUAGAGGAUUUCACAUAAAAGCCUUUCAGUUUUAUCCUUUUGUUUCGAAUGUCAUUGGUCAAGACAUUUUAAUAGAAAUACUUGAAUUAUAUGAGCAAUAAUCAAGUAGCAUAAAUGAAACAGUAAUAUAUAUUUGAGUUUUCAUGGCAUACCUCGCCCCUAAAAUUUGGAUUAUAGUAAAAAUGCUGUUAGUGACAUCUGCUCUCAGCACAAAAUUCAUCUCGGCUUGUAAAUUGAUACUUACACUGGCAGAUAUUCAGGUGAGUAUUGCUUUGUUGCUCUGGCAACAAGAAGAGCAAUAGAAGCCCUUGAGGGUUCAUUUUUAGCCUGCGGCACAUUAAGAAAAAUAAUGUUCUUGAGCAUUUUUCUACGAAAGAAUAAAUGCAAUGAUAGACUACAGUGUUACCAAGUGUGUCUCACCAGUGAUCUUUUUCCCCAAUAUAUUUUUUUAAAGUAGACUUCCAUGAGGUGUUUUAUACUCUUGCUAACUAACUUCAGAGAUCAGAUUAAACCAUACCUAGAGGAAAACAAAAAAACAAAAAACCACCAAAGCCAAAAAGCCAAAAAGCAACACUUUGGGUGAGGAUAGUGCUAUAAAACAUUCUCUAUUUAUUGUGGAAGACAGGAUACUCCAAAUCACAGCACUCCAAAUCAUUCCUUGUAUACAUAUCAAUAUUUGUUGCAGAACCAGCAUUCUCCUAAUGUGAAUGGAGUAUCAUGUACCAUGAAAAUGUCAGAAAGCCAUGUUUCAUUGGAUGCAGCCUUUUAGAUAAUUGAUACAAUCAGUUCAGUCAUUAGGGAUUUGAAGAUGCGUGAUUUGAGUUAAAAUAGUGAAACCUGCGUUCAGGCAUGGGAAUAUGUUAGUUAUAUCCCACUGCCUUCACAGGUUUUAGAAAUCUUAUCAUAGCCUUUUUGGCUUAGUUUAAGAGCUGAAGAAAACAUACGAAGAAUUUUUAUAAGCUUUUUUUUUUUUUUUCAGUUUCAGUAAAAGGAGUUGGAGGGGAUUGUUCUGGUUAAGGUGAAAGAGCUUGCACUUAGGAUUUGUAUGUUGGACCGAUUUAAAUGCAAUGUAUUAAGUCAGGGUGCCAUUCCAAUUCUCAGAUUUGAUGUUAUGCAUGUUAAUCAGUUGUAACCACAGAGCUAUUGUUUUUUGUAUCUCUUGUUAACCUAUCAAUUGUUUAACACUUAACUCUUCAUCAGCUGAAAUCAAACGAUGAGUAUUCUACCCCCUGACUUCUUGUCUCUAUGAAUUAGGAAGGAUGACUCAUUUGUAUACUAACCUUUUUGAUAGCCUCUUAACAUGGUACUUUUUCAAGGAGAGUUGUUCUUAAGUUGUCCAAUAAUCCCGAACAAUUGUACUGUUGAAAUGUUCUUUGAUUUCUAUAGAGGUUCUGAACAGCAAGGUUGGUUGGUUGUCAUAUUCUGACCUCUGACAUGAGCCUCACAUACACGAGUAGUAGUGCCUCAUCAUAUAGAGUGAACUAUUGACAGUACAAUGACCUAUUGACGUGAAAGUAAAGGAAAUUAAAGAAAGAGGAAUAAGUAAGCUACGCAUAGCUUCACUUAAUAAAAAUUAAGAGCAUAACAGAUUGAUCCUUCUAAGAAACAUCUGUACAAUUAGCAAGAUAUUAGUUGCUGUCAAACUUGACUCUGAUUGAAAAAUCGUUCAUUUCUGGCUGCUUCUGCUGUUCAGAAAAGAGAAGACAGAUGGUAAUGGGAUAAGAGCAAUCUUCCGAGCCAGUCAGAUCUUCUGUCUUUUGGAGCCUAAUUAGACUUUAGACCAGGCUUGUGAAUAAUCUAGAGUCCCAGUAAUGUCUCCUCAGGAACAUUUCCUGAAAUCUAAUUGUUGGCUGCAGCCAAACCCCUGGAUGGGGUCAAUCCGUACUGCAAAAGCCACCAUUAAGACUUGCACUAACUGACAGAGAGACCAAGGUGAGCUGAGGCUGGCUGAUUGUGUGAAAUGAGGAGAUGCUAAAUUAUUGAAUUUUCUCCCAGACUUCCAGAUCAAGGCUGAGGAUGGUUGGUAGAGUUCUGUUGACUCCAACUUCUAGACCUCUUUCACUUCUCACUUGGACAUAUUUAGCUGCUGGUCUUCCUUGCUGGUCCUGUACUUUUUGGCCCCAGAUUGCUAUCCCUUUCUCAGUACUGGAAAGCACUUGGUGUGGCACACUCUUUCCCUCCUGGACUUAUUUUCCAGCAUACAGAACUGAGAUCUGUAGCUGCAUAACACGGGGCAGACCUCCAGGGAAUAUGCCCUGGAAACCACUGAUGUGUACCUGUGUUUUUUCCUUGUUCUCUGCCCUUACGAAAUACAGGGGUGGGGGGUGGAGGGAGGACCACAAGGAGCAGUGAGUCAGCACCAUUCUUUCAGCAGGUGAUGGCCCCCUCAUUGAAGGCCUGUCUGGUUUUGUCUCCCCACCAACUAUAAUGACUUUUGGUUCUUCUUUCUGAAUGAGAAACUUCUGCUUUUUCAAGUUGAACAAUUCAGCCUUACUCCUAUUUUACAGUGAUCUGUAGUUAAGCAAAAUACUUGAAUAAACUACAUUGUUUGUAACCAUUACAUUCUUCUUUGAAGGAUACCUUCCCUCGUCAAACCUGUAAUGGGUAUGUUUAUUCCUGUUUUGCUAGAGGCAAGUCAUGUAACUGAAUGUUUAAAUGGCUGUGUUUGCAAUAUAGCUGUCCUCUGGAAAAUUCUGGAAAAAAACAAACAAACAAACAAAAAAAACAGAUUCAAGCAAGUCAAGUUGAAGUGGUACUGAAAAGACAAAUAACAAUUUCUUGACAGCACCAAGACAUGGAUUACUGCAAUAUGUCCUGAAAAAAUUGCUUCACUAGCCAAUACUCUGUGUGUGUAUAAAACUACAUAAGGUGGAAUGUUUAAAUAAGAUUUAUCUGAAACAGGCAGUUCACAUUUUUUAUUGAAAAUUUUAUAUGGAGAUACAGAAAUCUUUUAAGACUAACACUAUGUCAACUGUUAUUUGAUGGUUCUUCAGGAAGUGUGGAAAGGUUUUCGCCUUUAAGGAAUGAUUCCAUCCAGUAGAGGCAUUUCCUCAUCUGUUUUUUGUUUGUUUGUUUUGUUUUUUGUAAUAGAUGCUAUGUAACAUGGAAUGAAAGAAAAAUAGGAUCAGUACUUUGAAAAAAGUGGUACAGUCUUUUUUUUUAAUUCAGUGUUCAGGUGAUGUUAGGUUGUCUAUCCCAAUUACUGCCAAGCCUCAUUACUGAAUUUUCCAAAAGUUGGUAUUUUGUACUUUCAGGUCUUGCCAUUUUCAGAUAAAUACUAUGUAAAAAUCAAAAUUUCUGCUACUUAAAAUAAAUGAUUAAUUCUUUCAAA